AAACGUACGAUAUCCUAAAACAAACUAACUUAACCGCCAUGCACAGGUUUUUCUGUUAUGGCAUACUUCUCAUUCUCUCUCUCCUCCAAACUGUUUUUCCCGCCAGAACCAUUCCUCCGGCAACCCCACCGGAGUUGACCGUCAACGACCUAUCCCAUAUCAACAAGUGGCAACAAUUUUCAAAAUUCACCGACGCAGGAAAGGGCGAUCACUUCUCCGGCAUGUCCGAGCUAAAGCGAUACUUCCACCGAUUCGGUUACCUAGACUCCGACGACUUUUCCGACACCUUCGACGACAACCUCGAAGCCGCCGUCUUAACCUACCAAAAAAAACUCGGGUUACCGGUCACCGGAAAACUCGAUUCCGGCACCGUCGGCCUGAUCAUGUCGCCGCGGUGCGGCGUCUCCGAUGAUGUCCCACAUAAACGUAAAAAUAAAUUUAAAUUUAAAUUUAAAUUCCACGUGAGUAAACACUAUGCGUAUUUUAGCGGCGAGCCGAGGUGGCAAAAAGGGGGAAAAGGCGAAAAAACGGAUACCAUGACGCUAACGUACGCCUUUUCGGACAAUCAUAUGAUUAACUACCUUAGUUACUCCGAAAUACAAGGUGCAUUCCAACGGUCUUUCGCCCGGUGGGCGUCUACGAUCCCCGUUAGUUUCACCGAGGUAGACGAUUAUCGAAAAGCGGAUAUAAAAAUCGCGUUUUACGGAGGCGAUCACGGCGAUGGAGUGCCGUUUGAUGGUGUUUUAGGGGUGUUGGCUCAUGCAUUUUCACCGGAAAACGGUAGGCUACAUUUAGACGAAGCGGAAACGUGGGCCGUUGAUUUGGAAGCUAGUAGAUCGGUUGUGGCCGUUGAUUUGGAGUCGGUUGCGACUCAUGAGAUCGGGCAUAUACUCGGGUUGGCCCAUUCUUCGGUUAAGGAAGCGGUCAUGUACCCGAGUUUGGGUCCGAGGACUAGAAAAGUGGAUCUAAAGAUUGAUGAUAUUAUGGGGGUACAGAAUUUAUACGGGUCGAACCCGAAUUUUAGGUAUAGUCCGUCUAUGGAGUCGGAUAUUUCUCCCGGGUAUCGGCCCGGGAGAAAUAGAUGGUUUAAAUUGAUGACUUUGUUUGGUUUACUUGUGGGUUUAUCAUUUUGGUGACUUUUAAUUUAUUCUUUUUAUUAAUAAGGAUCUAAUAAUGAUUAUAGAGCAGGAAA